ACAGCUUUAUUGGCAAUGUCUGCAACAAUAAUUGGUGAUGCCAUGGCAGUAUCAGCAGAAACUCAAGCCACAUCGGGAAAACCUGAAGUUGAUUCGGUGAAGUGCGAUUGCUGCAGGCUGACCGAGGAGUGUACCCCGACGUAUAUCGAACAUAUACGAGAACGAUAUCAGGGUAAAUGGAUCUGCGGCCUCUGUACUGAAGCAGUGAAAGAUGAGAUUACAAGGACACAGAGGCUCAUUAGUACUGAAGAAGCAAUGGCCAGGCACAUGAAGGUUUGGCAAGCGUUUGUGUCCUCGGGACCGCCUGCUGAUCCUACGGUUCAUCUCAUAUCUGCCAUGAGAAGUAUUCUCAGAAGGAGCUUGGAUUGUCCGAGAGGUUUAAGAUCAACCCCGAGUAGCCCUACGAGAAAAGUGGGUGAAAUUCGGGGUCCAGGGCUUACUCUGUCCGAGAGUUGUUUCCCUACCCUCUCCGGUUGAAAGAGCUGU